AUGAGUGAGAAUACCACGGCUGGACAGAAACACUCUCGCUCAACAUCAAUCACCAAAGCACCACACACACGAUCCCACCAGCGCAAAUCAUCCAUCAAUGUUCAAACUCACUUGUACUCCAUUCCAGAGAAGAAGUCGCACUUCACUGCCUCGCCUUCGCCUUCCCCCAUCAAUACAAGCUUUCCCUCGAAAAAGUACGCUUCCCUUCCCCUUUGGCGCCGCUACCUCCAAGGCGUCUCCACUCACCUAGACACCUGGCUCGAUCCUUCCGCCAGCCCCGUGCUACCUCACACUCAGCGAACCAAAGCGUUUGGUGGUCCAGUGAAUAAAUCGCUGUGGUCCCAGUUCUUCCGUUCAAAGUGGACUCGCUUCAUCCUCCUAUUUUACAUCGUUUUCUCGGUCUUUUUGUCCAUCAAUCAUAUAUGGCACUGGCUCACGUCAGGCCCUAGGCUGGAUCCUCGGUUUGGCGAUCACUGGGUCGCUCAAAGAACAUAUGAUCAAGAUAAACAAUAUUCGAUGCUUAAUACUAUGGCGCACGGUUUAAAGAUGUCGAAACUGUUUUCAAAGACGGAAUACGCAGCGGCGGAGAAUGUGCAACCGUUUUGGCUCAAAUCUGCCCAACCACCGAUGCCCGAUGACGUAUCAAUAGUCACAGCUGUCACUCUUAAUACUUGGCCUGAACUAGUAAGAUUGGCCCAGCAUUGGAAAGGACCAAUCUCGGCCACGCUGCAUGUGCCCAGUGACGAAAAUACAGCAUCGGAGCUCCAAUCCAUUCAACAUCUUUACCAGCAAGAACCCCCAUUGUUCAAUCACGUCGAUAUCCAUUUAGCGUUCACCGCCGGACAGCUGUCCAUCCAAUUUCCUCGUAACGCAGAACGUAAUCUCGCUCGAUUAUUUGCUCGGACGGAUUUCGUCAUGGACAUACCCUCCCAUAUUGUCCCGGCGUCAGAACUACGCAAAACAUUGGCAGCAAAUAAGGACAAAUUCGACUCUCUACUCCGUCAUGGCGAUCUGUUGAUUAUCCCUACAUUCGGGUUCCCGGAAUACGAUAAAGAAAAAUACAGUGUUCCGAAUCACAAAGAACAAUUAGUGGAUCUGGUCGAUAAUCAAACCAUGAUGAUGGUUGACAAGCAUUUCAAGGACAAUAGCGGGCCCACCGAUUGGCCAACUUGGCGAAAUGCAGUCUCCCCCUAUCGUGUGACCGAAUACGAGCUACAUUACGAACCAAUUGUCAUUGAAAGCAAAACAGUCCAACCUUGGUGCGCUGAACGCUUUUUGGACAGUCGAUCGGCUUGUCUGUUUAGCAAUUACUUGGCAGGCAGUGAACUAUGGGUGCUUCCAGAUGAUUUCGCGGUACAAAUGCCGGAUCAUCAAGCGGCCGCUAUUUCUGAUUUCGAUGUGGUCAUUGAGAACCGUCUUUAUGCGAAAUUCAAAUGGGAACAAUGUGUUCAUCAUGCAAGACAGUUGGAUGCGUUAGGUUUGUGGAAAACACCACGAUCGGAACACAUUCUGAGUCAAUGCUCAAGCAUCAUUCGAAACUGGGGUAAAGGAUUUAUGCCCCCACCUGAACCAGCAGCUACAAGUGAUUGUACUGACCCACCAGCGAAUAAUAACGCCACUUGUGGACCUAUCGGUUAUGACGAACGAGAAAAAAGAACAUAUGAAUUAGUCGUCUGUCAACAACCAUUGCACGCCCGAAUGUGCGGUUUCGGCGAAAAGGACCGACGGCCUAUUGAUCCACCGCCGAUUGUGAAGCUCAAUGUACAACAAGACGAUCAACAAACUCCAGUAGACAUGCAAUCACUUCAAUCACCGUUCUUCGUACUUCACGUCACGCUCUGGUCAGCCGAUCGGGAAGAAGAACGUAAUAUCAUUUCGAAUCCACCUAAAUGUACCCGAGUGCUUAUGGGCUCUUUGGUGAGCUCUCCUAGCUUGCUCAAAGAUCCGGAAGGCGAACAAGGUCUCUAUUUUGCUUUCCCUGAUUUGAGUAUCCGAACGGAAGGCCAAUACACUUUACGAUUUAGCCUUAUGAAGCUUGUGAGUUCGGAUUUCCAGACGGAUGCCAAGUCCAAGAUAAUUGCUCAAAUCUUCUCAGAUCCUUUCACUGUCUACUCCGCUAAAAAGAAUCAACUGAACUUUCAAAGGCAUUUGCAAAGCAGGGCUUGA